GGGAAAAUUAGCGAUUCCGGAAAGAAAAUCGUCAAAAAAAAAAACCCACAAAUCAAACCAGGAAAUUCCUGACUCUGAUGGCGGAAACUACUGCUUCGUCGUCUUCUUCACCAAAACCCCUCCAAUCCCCUAAUCUCAUGGAACCUCCCUCCUCUGCAUCGUCUGCUCCCCACCCACCCUCGGCGCAGAGCGCUGUUGCGAUUCUGAAUUCUGUGAACUCGGCGGCAAUGGCUACGGAGACUGUGAUGUCUACGGCGGCAGCGACACCGCAGGGCGUAAUUCAGAACAGUGGCGGUAACCCUCAAUCGUCUCCGAAUCCUACACCGGCGCCUCCGAACGCGGCGGCGGGACCGCAGAUUCCGUCGCCAUCUCCUCUGUCUCACCCGUCUCCGUCGCUGGAUCAGCAGACGCCGAAUCAGCAAAUCGUCCAAACUACUCAGCAGCAGAAUCAGCAAUGGCCUCAGCAGCAGCAGCAACAAGAACAGCAACAGCAACAGGUUCUGCAGCAAAUCUCUUCAUCUUCCCUUCCGCAAUUAUCGCAACAGCAGCAACAGAUUCUUCAGCAGCAGCAGCAACAGCAACAUAUGAGUCAGCAGCAAAUUCCAAUGUCGAAUUACCAAAUCGCUCAAUCCCUCCAGCGAUCCCCUUCCGUUUCUCGCCUGAAUCAAAUACAACAGCAGCAGCAAGGUCAGUACGGUAAUGUAUUGAGACAACAAUCUGGGCUGUACGGGCAGAUGAACUUUGGUGGGUCGGCUUCAGUUCAGCAGAGUUUACCGCAGAAUACGCAGAUGGGUAAUCUCAACUUGUCUCGUGCGGCGUUGGUCGGCCAAAGUGGUCAGUUGCCGAUGCUCAACGGUGCAGCUGGAGCAACCCAAUUGAAUAUACAGUCUCAAUUGUUGGCAGCUUCGCCGAGGCAGAAAUCUGGUGUGGUUCAAGGUUCCCAAUUUCACCCAGGAAGUUCUGGGCAGCAGUUACCGGGAAUGCAAGCAAUGGGAAUGAUGGGUUCACUGAAUUUGAGUUCACAGAUGAGAGGCAAUGCAGCCCUUUAUGCCCAACAACGGAUGAACCCUGGGCAGAUGAGACAGCAAUUGUCACAGCAAAACCCUCUCAAUUCACCUCAGGUCCAAAACCUUCCAAGAACAUCUUCCCUUGCGUUCAUGAAUUCUCAGUUAUCAGGACUGGCUCAGAAUGGACAGGUUGGUAUGAUGCAGAACUCCUUGACACAGCAGCAAUGGCUGAAGCAGAUGUCAGGAACGCCCAAUUCACCAUCUUUCCGUCUCCAACAGAAUCAGAGGCAGGCUAUGCUCUUGCAGCAGCAGCAACUGCCAUCUGCACAAUUGCACCAGACUUCCAUACCCUUGAACUCACAGCAGUUAUCUCAGUUAAUACAGCAGCAGCAGCAACAAUCGCAAAUGGGCCAGCCUCAGAUGAAUCAACCUCAGCCACAGCAGCAGCAGCAACAACAACAACAGCAACUACAACAGAUGCAGCAACAGCUACAGCAGCCACAUCAUCAGAUGCAGCAACAACAGCAUCCACUUGCAGCUAAUCAACAUCAACAACAACAACAACAACAACCAUCUCCAAGGAUUUCAGGUCCCACAGGACAGAAAUCUGUCAGUUUGACUGGUUCACAACCAGAUGCUACUGCAUCAGGUACGACAACACCCGGUGGUAGUUCAAGCCAGGGAACAGAAGCAACAAACCAGUUGCUUGGCAAAAGAAAGAUACAGGAGCUAGUUUCACAGGUGGAUAUACGUGGGAAAUUGGAUCCUGAUGUCGAAGACCUGCUUUUGGAGAUAGCAGAUGAUUUCAUUGAUUCGGUUACUACGUUUGCGUGUAGCUUGGCUAAGCACCGUAAAUCUUCAACGUUGGAGCCCAAGGAUGUAUUACUACAUCUAGAGAAAAACCUGCACUUGACAGUUCCAGGAUUCUCAAGGGAAGACAGACACCAAAAGAAAACUGUGCCGAGUGAUCUUCACAAGAAACGGCUCGAAAUGGUCCGAGCUUUACUGGAUUCCUCGGAGACAGUGACAAAUGGAAGCAAUCCAAGGGAAACUAUUAGACAGGGGAUGAUGGUAAACCCAAGUGGACCGACCCAUCUCUUAAGACCAUCACCAAGUUCAGAACAGUUGGUUUCGCAGUCUGGGGGACCUCACAUGUUGCAACAAAUGACACGUUACUAAACCCGAUGAAUCUAAAUCGAAAUUCUCUGUAGUCUUACUAGCUGCCUUUGCUAGCUGCUCGGUUGCUAAUGUGCAUCUUCUUGGAUUUAACACAAUCUCGAGAGAAAACUCAGAGCAUCAAGAGAAUGGAGAGAGGGAGAGAGAGAGGUGGAGGUGGCCAAAACUGUAUCAUAAUUUUUAUGAUUCUUAAAAGGAGAUAGUAUUAUUAUUAUUAUUAAUAACCCAUAUUUCAUAAUUUUUAUGACUCUCUGAUUCUUUGAUGUAAUUCUUGCAUUGUUUUCUUUCUUCUGUUUGUUGUGUGAGGAACUUGAGCUUUGUUUGUGCUGUAUCCAAGAAUGAUCCGUAUGAUGCCCCCUCCUUCGGCUUAAAAUCCGGUCUUUGCUUUUAA